AUAGAAGUGAUGAUUCUUCGGAGAAUUGUCAAAUUUGUGACAGAAGUAAUCACACGGCCAAGACAUGUUUUUACAGAAACAAAGGAAGGAAUUCUCCAUCACAAAUGACUGCUAUGAAUACUGUUUUUCCUGGUUCAAUGCAACCUCAGUAUAUGAGUGCUAUGCCUCCCAUGUUGAAUAUGGGUUCUUCUCAUAUGCCUCCCAUGUCCACUAUGAACUCAGUGAACAUGGUUCCUUCCAUGAAUGCAUCUUCUUCCUAUGCUAUGCCCACUAUGUCUACUGCAAUGCCUAAUCAAGUCCCUUCUCAAGUCUGGCUAACUGAUUCUGGUGCAACCAAUCACAUGACGAAUGAAUUGAGUAAUUUGUCCAUUGCUUCACCAUAUUCUCAAAAUGAUACAGUUCAAACAGCAGCUGGUGAAGGACAAAGCCACAGGGAGAAUCUUGUUUAAGGGACUCUGCAACAAUGGAUUGUAUCCCAUUUCUUCCUUUACUACCAGACCUCAUAUACCUCAAAAACAAGCAAAUCAAGCUGUUGCCUGUCUUGGACAUACUGUCACCUCAAACUUGUGGCACUGCAGACUAGGUCAUCCCUCAAAUCCUAUUGUUUCUCUUACACUUAGGAAAUCUAAUGUUGCUGUUAAUAAGGAUGUGUCUUCUAUAGUUUGUCAAAGUUGUCUAGAAGGCAAAUUUAG